GUAAGCGUGGGACAGAACUCGUCGGGUUGCAUUGCACAGCGUAGCACCAUCAGCGGCCACACGGAGCCGGAGCCUUUAUCAGUCGCGUCUCUCCCCGUACAGUGCAGGGUUGUACCGAUAGGAUUUAUUGAGGCUUUGACAGCACUCGAUACGCCUCACCGUCUCCGUCCGUUUGUGUGCUCAGUUUUUGGCAACAACGGGGCGCAUGGAGUCCGCGUUUAAACGGUCCGGGAGGUGUUGUGCUGGAAAAAGAUCAUCCAGCUAGUGGUAGUUAGCCCGCCACCGCCGCCGCCAGCCAGCCACGGACUUAACGGAGAGAAGCGCCACCCGGUCAAGAGACGAAACCAGCAUUUGUGGGAUCCAAACAAUGGGGCUUAUAUUCGCUAAACUGUGGAGCUUCUUUUGUAAUCAAGAGCACAAGGUGAUCAUUGUGGGUCUGGACAAUGCAGGGAAGACGACAAUUCUCUACCAGUUUUUGAUGAACGAGGUCGUCCAUACGUCACCCACCAUUGGAAGCAACGUGGAAGAAAUAGUGGUGAAGAACACCCACUUCCUGAUGUGGGACAUCGGAGGCCAGGAGUCCCUGCGAUCCUCUUGGAACACCUACUACGCCAACACAGAGUUCAUCAUUCUGGUGGUGGACAGCACGGACAGAGAGAGACUGGCCAUCUCCAAGGAGGAGCUCUACAGGAUGCUGGCUCAUGAGGAUCUGCGGAAAGCAGCCGUGUUGAUAUUUGCCAAUAAGCAGGACAUGAAGGACUGCAUGUCUGCAGCCGAGAUCUCCAAAUACCUCACUCUGAGCUCCAUCAAGGACCACCCCUGGCACAUACAGUCCUGCUGCGCACUCACAGGAGAGGGUUUAUGUCAGGGUCUGGAGUGGAUGGCCUCCAGAGCUGGCCUCAGAUAACCCCUCCCGCCGCCAUCCACGGCCCGACACCCUCUCCAUCGCAGAAGCGUCGCAGCAUCUCGUCCUCACUUCACAUUUUCGUCUGACAAGACGGGACAUCAGCAUCCAGAGA